AUGGAUGCGCGUCUUGUGAAGACCAUCACAAGCAAAACAGGCGAGACAAAAAUUCGCAAUACUGCACCGGAAAUCGGUCAAAACCACAUUGUAGAGUGUGGCCUUGGAAAAAAGUAUGGCGAGGUAGAGGUAAGAAAUGUAGACAGCUUAGCUAUGGACCAGUUGGAAACAACCAUGUUGCACAAAACACAGGUAGUUCGAACCUCGACGGAAGAAGAGAGUACUCGAUCAAUCGCACUGAGUAGCACAUCGUACGGAUUGGUCAGGACCGGAGAUCCGUCACUUUCAAGGAGACCAUCAUGGACGAGACAGGCGGAUAUGAGUUGGCCGAAUAGAACGCAAAGUUGA